CACCAGAUAAAAGGAACGGUCGAAAUGAACGCUUUGCAUUUCUCAUUGCUUUUACUCGCUGUUGCGCUCGUUCAUGGUUAUGGCGAAGAUUACGGUGACCACCAGGACAGUUAUGAGGAGAGUACUUAUGAUAACUACAAAGAUGAAGAAGGUACAUACGGCAAGUACGAUCUGUAUGGGAGGCUCACGGCUCACGGUGCUGGUGGAUACCAUGGUAAAUGGCUGAAGGGUGGCGUUGGCAAGGAUUACGGACAGUACAACGCUCAUGGCCUCCAUUCCCUGUGGGGUCAGGCCCAUCACGGUUCUCAAUAUGACCUUCAUGGUAAACUCGCUGCAGAGGGUAAAUUCCAAGCCCAUGCUCAUGAAGACGAAGGUGCCGAAUUCAGCAAGCAGGCCAAAUAUCGCAAGGGCGGCUCACAUGAUGGGUACAAAAAGAAACGUCACUACAGUGACUAUGAUUCGUCUGGGACAUCACGGAGGUAUGGGGACAAGAACAAAUCUUCCAAAUUCGACUUGCGUGGCAAGAUAGAUGUGGAAGGAGACCACUACGCUUACGGCAAAGAGCAGUUGUAUAGCAAGCAAGAAGCACAGGAAAAAUACGAAGAUUUCCUUGGGAACAAAGAUUACGGAAAGUAUGAUGAGUACGGCAGUUAUCAAGGUGAGAGCAAGUAUGAGGCAGAAGGUAAACUAAGCGGUUACGGUGGCGCCGAAGGAAAGAAGGAAUCUGGCAGGCGCGUUCAUUCAAGCCGAAGACACGGAAAACCCAUUCAGCACGACUAUUAUUACAGUUAUUAGCCAACAUUAUCAGAGCUGGUUAGUGUUAUAUCUAUCUCUCACCACGAAAAAUAUACACCCUCCGCAAAAUAAUGUUUUGGCUAGUAA